AGAUGUGUGGUUUGAAGAGCUAGCAGCAACAUUUUGUUCUUUAUGCAAUUAUUCACAUGAGCCAGCAUGAAAUACGAAGACAAUGAAAGGGAGAAGGACAAAAGAGGAGGAAGUGAUGGAGGAGGAGACUGCUGUCAAUAUUGGGGACUGCGCAAUGCAAGUAAGACCAGGCUUGUGACACUGAGAAAUUGCCCUCAUAAAUCCUCUCGUCUCUCCUCCUCUUUCAGUCCCUCUCCUGUCUAAUAUGCUCAGGUAUCUCUCGUCUUCGUUAAAAAUUUAAAAAUUCCUUUACCCUGUGGAUUCCUCGAGUUCCCAUUCUUGUUUUUGUUUGUUUCUAUUCUUUUCAUGGCCCACAUCUCAGAUGCACACACUUUUUCUUCCCUAUUUCCUCUUGCCCAGCACUUCCCAUCAUGUCAUAACCCCGUUCCCAGAACAAUAUCAAUACUGAAUUGUUCUCUCAAAGGUCAGCAAGGGGAGCAAAACAACCUCCUUCCCACUGCCACCCCCACCAAACCUGGUGCAGACAUGGCCCGAGCAACCUUCGGGAACACGGAGCUAAGUACGCUGCGCUCUGCGAGCUGUUCUGGUGAGACCAAGCCUCCAGGCAGAGGCUGCCAGUCACCGGGGAACAAGCAAGUCCCUGUCUCUACACCGGAAACAGGAACUCUGAAGGGGACAGAGAGGCAGCAGCGGUUGCACAAACUGAGGAGUCGGGUCUGCGCAGAGGACUUCGGCGUUGUUGCAGGACCCGGAUGCUGUAAACGGCUGGUGUGCGUGCAGGAGCGAGAUGGCCCACUGCAGGCUAAAAAGGGGGAUACCCCCCGCUUCUGUCCUCCACCACAGUCAUUGCAGGAUAGGAUGGGAUUUUAUAAAGAAGUCAGCAAUGUUUCCUUAGAAAAUGACGCCUUUAUUACCAAAUUCAGUGGACUAUUCUUACCCUCUUUCCCAACAUACAUUAUUAACCACGAGGUAAUCACAAUACCUGUGUAAUGCCCCAGAAUUUACACAGGUGAGAACCUGACUCACCUUCCCCUCUGAUGGAAGGAAUAAAGGAAAAACCUG